AAAAUGCCGGCGCACUCACAUCAGGCCUGCGUAGGCCGGGCAUCGUUGUUACGGCAACCGGCUUAAGUUCACUGUCCCACAUUAAAUUUGUUUUCGCCGACAAAAAUAAAUCACUUAAUAAUUAUAAAUUAUUGUUAUUAUUUUAAUUGUUUUUAAGGCUGUUAUCUUGUUUGUGCAAUCCGAAGUGGACAAAUUGGACUUCAGUUUACGUUGUGUCAUCUUUCGGAUUAGUUUCGUGUUGGUUGUCGAGUAAUUUAAUUAUCUAUAAGGAGAGUUAUCGAUGUUUACUACACGUGUUUGCGCGGUUGCCGCUGCACUGCUGCAAUACGCGCUUUUAGGGGUAACUGGUUCUAAUGAUAUUAAAAACGCGAAGUCUAUAUACGACUUUAGUGCCAAAGAUAUUUAUGGAAAUGACGUGUCUUUGGAAAAAUAUAAGGGUCAUGUUUGCAUAAUUGUCAACGUAGCUUCCGAGUGCGGAUUGACAAAUUCAAAUUACGAAGAACUGAACCAACUCUUUGAAAAAUAUGCAGGCCGCGGAUUACGAAUUCUUGGAUUUCCAAGUAACGAAUUUGGAGGUCAAGAGCCAGGAACUAAUGAAGAUAUUUUGAAAUUUGCAAAAUCUAAAGGAGUCCAGUUCGAUUUAUUCUCAAAAAUCCAAGUAAAUGGUGAAAACGCCCACCCUUUAUGGAAAUACUUAAAAUCGCAGCAGGGAGGAUUUUUGGUUGAUGGCAUUAAAUGGAACUUUACUAAGUUCCUGAUCGAUCAGCACGGACAAGUAGUGGAUAGAUAUGCUCCAACGACCUCGCCGAGCAGCAUUGAAAAGGAUUUACAAAAAUUAUUCGCUCAACAAGAGAUGAAAGGCGAACUUUAAAAGAACCAAAAAAUAUUUAUUAAUAUUUGUGUGCAAAUAUUUUUAUGAAGAAUAGCUCUGAUAGAUACUAUAAGCAAAAUAAGUAGUGCAUUUUUUUUAGAUACUCUGCUUAUAAAUCUUAGCUCUCAUUUUAGAAAUUUAAUAAUGAUCUUUUAGUUAUAGUAAGUAAUAUAGCUUUUUGCAUCUAAAUGUAUUGUAAUAAAAUAUAUACAUCAUUUUAAGAUUUGAUUGUAACUAUUUUGUUAAAAUUCAAAUAAAACAAUAACAUUUGCUAUUAA